GUUACCGUCGAUGAUUUGAUCGCUGAAUUCGGUGGUCAAAGAGAAAUGAUGGCUCACUUUGCUAAAAUUAACUACGACGAUAUCAAGGGAAUGCGUUUGCCGUUGUUCGAAUUGUCGGGCAAUACCAGUUUUGAAGCUAUGCUUAAAGUGGGUUUAGAAUACGACAGCUCAUGGCCGACACAACAUUUCAUUUCGCCUGGCCUAUGGCCCUACUCGCUAGAGUAUCAGUCGAUCCAAGAUUGCCCAAUUGGUGUAUAUAUCCACGCAGCCUGGUUCUUGAAAGGCGAAAACUACUUUGAGGCCUACAUGAAAGCAGGAAAACCAUUCGACAAAUGUGAACCACUCCGAACUCCAUCGUGUGUACCAAAACUGUGCCAACUGGUGAAACAAACAACCAGAGAAGAACGCUGGAUGACAAGUUGCAGUCCAUGCCCAGCUGUUUAUCCAUGGUUGGGGAAUCCGUUAGGACAGAAUAUGUAAAGUGUUUUGUUGUUGAAUUUCAGUUGACACUCAAUAAAACAGAGGAAUGGGAUGCAUUAAAGUGAUUAAUGCUUCG